AUGGAUUUCUUGAAUCGUGAUACCGACAAGAUAUUGCCAGGUGUUCUAAAUGAUGAAAAUGUCAAACUGGAUUGUGAUCUAUCCGAAUACAUCGAUUAUCAGAUAAUACAAAUCCGGGAUAUCAUAGAGCACACUCCAACAGGUCAAUUACCGCGAAUUGUGGAAGUUGAGUGUGAGAAUGACAUUGCUGAUACAUGUAAAGCCAGGGACAGAGUGCAGAUCAUGGGUGUUUAUUAUUGCAAUGCUCCUAAGAAGACAUCUAUAUUAUUUGCCUUCAGUAUGAAGGCAAAUAAUAUUAUACAUUUCAAUUGUCAUAAUAAUGCCCAAAACUUUAGUUUGGAGGACGUUACAAAAUGUAGGAAGUUGGCAAAGGGUUCAUAUGACGUGGUUGAAUUGUUGUGUCGAUCCAUAGCACCUUCUAUUAUUGGCCAUACUUAUAUUAAAAAAGCAAUUAUCUGUAUGUUAUUGGGUGGAGUUGAUAAAACAUUACCAAAUGGAACAAGGCUUCGUGGAUAUAUAAAUAUGUUCAAGUAA